AUGGAGCACACGUGGGACAUUGACGAAUUGCCAUGGGACAGCUUCUCGAAGCCAGGGAAGAAGAAAUACUACUAUGACCUCGUCACGUCUCUCGACCCCGACCUCAUGGCUGCCAUACAACCCUUCAUCGACGAAGUGUCGCCCAAAGCCCCCGAAUCGAUACGUGCGUUGAGUGGUCCGCACCAGGACCAGCCCCCUCAGGAGUGCGAACUCAACAUUGAGCGCAUCAACCGAUGGUCGUUCGUGGGCGAGAUGUGUAUACACGGCAACCCGUCGGGUGUGGACAACACAGUGUCGUCAGGUGGCAAGGCGGUACUGUUUCAACGGCGAGACUAUGACAAGCCCCCGCUGGUGAUACCACUACACAGCUUUCCAGAGCUCCCACUUCUUCUCGUCAACACACGACAGUCGCGGAGCACCGCGACCGAGGUUGCCAAGGUUGCAAACCUGAAAGCCACGCAUCCCGCUCUUACGGAGAACAUUCUCAACGCGAUUGGCCUGGUCACAGAGUCGGCGCACAAGCUACUUACUUCACCGGACUUCGACUCCACCUCGCACGCCUCGUUGAAGUAUCUUGGUGAGCUUGUGACGAUAAACCAUGGCUUGCUUGUCUCCCUAGGCGUGUCGCAUCCAAAGCUUGAACGCAUUCGCGAAAUCAUCGACCACACUGGUAUUGGCUGGACCAAAUUGACCGGUGCCGGUGGCGGAGGCUGCGCAAUCACCAUAUUGAAGCCGCAACCGCCUGCGCUCACGAACGGCCACGCCAAUGGUACUCAUCAUCACGACUCGUCAGACGAUUCCGACACAUCCUCCGAAGUCGACUGCAGCGCGUCGAUCAUUUCGAGCAGCACGAAGCUCAAAUACAAGAUUCUGGACUCGCUGGAGGUGAAGUUGGAGAAGGAGGGGUUUGAGAAGUUUGAAACUACAUUGGCUGGUGACGGUGUUGGCAUACUCUGGCCAGCGGUCUUGCAUAACGGUAAUGAGGAAGAGGGCGGAGAAGAGAUUGACCAGGAAAAGUUUUUGAAUGCAGAAGGCGUGACAGGCAUAGAAAGACUGGUGGGCGUGGCAAGUUCGAGGCGGAAGAACGACCGUGAAGUGAGGGAAGGUUGGAAAUUUUGGCGGCCAUGGGAGGUCCCAGAGUAA